UUUUCUCUUAAUAAUUUAUCUUCAUUUCUAUGACCUAUUCGUCGCUCAAGCAUUAGCUAAAUAGUCGGCAUAAAUCAACGCAUUCGCUUAGCACUUUUGAAAUAAUAUUUUCUUAAGCGCACAUAAAACAAGUAAUUAUCGCCAACGUGUGUUUAAUAUUUUAGAGAAUUAUUUAUUUUCAGUUAUUGUGCUCCAGGAUUUUGACAAUUCGACCUUUCUUUUACGUACAUACAUACGCACACACUGACAUGAAUUCUAACAAUAACCAAGCGUCUUUGAACAACAAAGAGAAUCUGGCGCCAUCAGUGUCGACUGGAUCGACCAGGAACCCCACUUCUCACUGCAACUCACAAACAGGAGAAGCCGUCAACAAUCAAAAGAAACCUUUACCAAACAAAAAUACUACUAAUACUUCACACGUAGAAGAGUCGUCAGCAAAUAGUGUGUUUAAAGCGCCACUGCCUCCCAAAAAGUUACUUUAUAGAAAAUAUGUUCUAGAAGGCAUGGGGCAUGUGAAUACCGAAAAUGCACUCGAUUUGUCGAGAAAUAGAAAGGCCACAUCCACCAGACAAACUAGUCCAUUACAGAGUUUGAAGACACCAAAUUCGUCGCUAAAAAAAAAUAAAACGCCAACUGAUGUUACCACAACUAAGAUUGGUAAUCUGUCUGCGCCACAACAAAGGCGGGAUAUUGGGGCACAAACUUCAACAACGGAUGCACAAAGACCGAUCGUCAAUGCUUCACCAACUCAUCACUCACAAAAGCGUGCACCAGCAGCGCAAACCAGUGCACCUUCAUACAAUCAGAGCAGUGAUAAUAUCGAUGAACAACAACAAAAGAAACUAAAAGUGUACGAAAUCGAUUCGGAAUAUAUGAAAUUGCUCAGAGCGCACUUCGACGAGUUUACCGUAGAGGAAAAUGGAAUUGAAUAUGUAACAAUAGGUGAAAAUGGAACCGUUGUGUGGAAAGAAUUUUUACUAGAACUAAAUUGGAACAACACUGGUGCGGCAAUAACACGGAAACUGUUAUGUCAUUUAUUCGACCAUAAAACCCUUGCUACGCAUACGUUGACCGGCAAGCCAUCACUGGCGUGCUUAGAUAGGGACAAACCCGAAAAAAUGCAAUUGAAUCAUUUGAUUAUAGAAGACAUAAUGGAAUUUAUGAUGCUUCUGAAAGGUAUGAAGCCCAGGGAAGUGAAAUCAGCCAUUAAUAAUAAGUGCAUAAACGUAGCUAAAAAGUUCCUUCGCAGUCUUAAAGCAAAAGCUUUUGCUCCACGGGAAGCAAAUGUGACAAGAAAACCAGAAACUAUGUUUGCAGUUUCAGCUGCAAGAAAUGUCAUAAGCGUUCCGGGAAGUACGUCAUCAAAUUCAUACGAAAGAAAUGUUAUAACGAAAUCGGAAGCUGCCCCUUCAAAUUUAUCCCAAAGAAAUGUUAGGAUGGCACCGGAAACAGUGGAAGUUUCAUCAGAUUCUGAUUCACCCGAAAUAAUAGUGAUACUAAAAUCGCUCAAAACCGGAAAGAAACAGCAUUAUAUUUACUUUGGUGGUUAACAGUUUUAUACUCUCAGAGUGAUCAGGUUGUUGGGAGCGCGAAAAUAAAUCAGCGAAUCAGCGAGCUGAUAAUUAUCUACCUGUGCCAGCCACUUGACGGCAGAUUUUUGCUUAAAAGCCACUGCAGCCGUGCUCUAGAUCGACAGUUUCGUUUCUUGAAGCGAUAGGCACGCAUCAUCCGAAAACAUAAAAGUUUAGCUGCUUGAAGAUUUAGCAACAGAUUUAGAAUUCAAAACUACGAAUAUUAAGGGCUUAAAAAUGGAUAGCACAUUUAAGCACCCCCAGUUUCCCAAGAAUUUGCCGCGGCCAUGGUUGAUUAGCUCGAUGAGAAACAACGUAGUACACUUCCCACAAGUGUGGGAGAAUAUUCACAACCAAACCAUUCACAACCGAUCCACUCACACUCAAGAUGAAAAAAAUAAGCUUCCCAAUACAUUGUCGCAUAUAAUGGAUGAUUUUAGAGGCAAAUUUCGUACCAAAAUUUCAUUAAAAAACGAACUUACAGCGGCGCGGCAGUUACGCAUGAAUCUAGAAACUUUAACUAUAAGAAAUAUGAAGCCGAAAACGCAGCAGCCAGCACUCGUAGAGCCACUCGACUUGAGAAAAUUCUCGAAUGAGAGAAGAAAUAAUGAAUUACUGGGACGGGAGACCCCGAAGCUGUCGCAAAUAAAAAAUGAAAUGCCAACUGGUGCUAGUGCAACAACGCUAACACCGGGACUUAGUCAAACACUUAACAGACUAGUUGAAACACCGUUGCAAUCACAACCACAGCAUGGUGGAGAAACACAAACUACAACAACAACUGUACAGACAGAUUUCGCAGGAAAACGCGUACUGCCAGCGCAAAGCAAUCCACCUUCAUUCAAUCAGAGCAGUGAUAAUGUCGACCAGCAACAACAAAAGAAAAUAAAGGUGAAGGAAAUCGUACCAGUAGAUAUGGAUGUGAUUAAAGAGCGCCUCAACGAGCUCACCAUAGUUGUCGAUGGUACCGAAUUUGUAGUAAUCGGAGCAAAUAACACCAGAGUGCUGAAGAAAUUUUUACUGGAACUAAAUUGGAACAACACAGGUCCGGCAAUAACACGGAAACUGCUAAGUCGUAUAUUCGACCAUAAAACACUCGCUACGCAUACGUUGACCGGCAAGCCUUCGCCGGCGUUUUUGAAUAUGAACAAACCCGAAAAAGGCCAAUUGAAUCAGCUAAUCGUACAAGAUAUAAUCGAGUUUAUGUUGUUUAUGACAGACUUGAGGGCCAGGGAUGUGAAAACAUCCAUUACGACGAAAUGUGCCGACGAGUGCAAGAAGUUGCGUCGCAGUGUUUCAACAAUAGCCGUUGCUCCAUCGGAAGCAAAUGUUGCCAUCAAACAAGAACCUAUGUUUGCAGUUUCAGCUGCAAGCAAUGUCAUAAGCGUUCCGGAAGUUACGCCUUCAGAUUCAUACGAAAGAAAUGUUAUAAUGGAACCAGAAGUUGUGCCUUCAGAUUUAACCGAAAACAAUGUUAUAACAGAGCCGACAGUUAUGCCUUUAGAUUUAACCGAAAGAAAUGGUAUAAUGGAACCGGAAUUUAUGGCACUUUGAGACCAACACGCACAACAAAAAGAAACAGACCCAAACAAUGUUUGCAUUAU